UGAAUUACAGUUUACACGUGAACAUGUUCUGACAACAUCAGUUGAUAUCAUUGUAGCGGGACGAUACAUUGGGGAUAUUUGUUUGAGUUGGUAGCACGGUUUCUCUCGGCUUGGCUUUACUGGUUGCACAGACUUCAAAUAACAACCAGGCUCUAACCAGUCACUGUGGAUACAAAAGCCAGAUAUUAUAUGUCUCAAUAAUAUUGUAACAUGCUUGGAACUGAUGUGCACCUACUGCCAAACACAGGGAUGCAAGUUGAUUACACUACCUACAUACUCUCUUCCAGUCCACCUGGAACUGGACUGGAGUUUCUUAACAGCAACAUUUUCUGUGAACCUCUUUCCAGUGCUGAACGAAGCUUUUGUGCCCAUGCUCCUCUUUAUAUUGAACAAUGUAUGAGCCGGAAGGCUUCAAGUGAAUUAAAACCAAUUAUCAUCCCAGACAGCCCACAAUCCAGUUCAGAACCAACCAGCCCAGUAAAUCGUUCACCUCUACGGCCCCUGUCACCAGGGAAACAAAAGAAAAGAGUAUCUUUUGCAGACUGUUUUGGCUUUGCUUUGGCCACUAUUCGUGUUAUGACUGAACCUUCGGAUGUUCCUCCAUUAGUUCGUCCAGAGAUACUUUCCAGCCUUACAAAAGGAUCAUCAGCUUCAGUUACUAGCAUACCUCCAUUAAAGUUGUGCUUCACACAACCUGCAGCUGACUAUGUUGCUUUCAGAGACCGUGUUGAAAAGAACUUUGUUUCUCUGGAGAAUGUAAUUCUCAAAGACUAUCAAGUUACUGGUACAAUAAAAGUAAAAAAUGUUGCAUUUGAGAAACAUGUAUAUGUUAAAUGUACUUUCGAUUCUUGGAACUCAUCAGGAGAGGUUGACGCUACCUACCUAAACACAAAUGGUUGCAGUCGUUUCGACACUUUCACAUUUGAAAUGAAUGUACCAACAGACUUUGAUAUCAGAAAGCAGAUCCUCUUUGCUGUUGCUUACCGGACUGAUAACAAAGAGUACUGGGACAAUAAUUAUGGUAAUGACUACCUCAUUGUCUCAUCGUAUGCAAAUGAAAAUCCCAAACCAUCCAUUGAUUUUAAGUCUUCUGACAUUGAUACGACAUUUGCUAGUUGGAAUAGUAUGGACCCAACAGUCCCUUAUUGGUGAAGCUUUAUAAGUUUCAUUAACUCCCCAUACCGUCCAUCUGACAGACUUGGUGGAAUAUGGUGUUUCAACAUACUCAAUUACUCACAAAAUCUGCCUCUUCUAAAGAGAGGGUAUAGAUUAUUGGAUAACAGUUGUAUUGACUGAUGAAUACAAUGAUAAACAAAAUUGUUUCACUUUUAUUUUUAUUUUCACCAGAGCUAAGCUGUGUCCAUGUGAGUUUAAAGCACGUUCCAGCCAAUUAAUGAUGGAGCUACGUAAUAUUUAUUGCUUGUGUGAUCUUAGAUGGCUAGAUGGCUAUUAACUCUUGACACAUUUGGGGUUGAUAUGGGGCUGUUGUGCCCUCUCCUCCUACCAAACAACAAAACCAGGCGCAUUCUUUCUACAAUAGUGAAAGAUAUUUUCAUUUGACAACACAAUAAAAAAAAAAAACCCGAAUAUACUUAUGGCAGUUCAGACAAUCAAUAUUUCAUCAAGGUUUUUACGAUUGUCUGUAUCUAAAUUGCUACCCUAAACAUUAAAUAGAAAAAUGUUACCUGUGUUAUAAGUAUUUUUCACAAAAACCAACAGCAAAUCUGAAAGGAAGGUAGAAUUUGAAACUUAUUAUAAAGGUGGCUUGUAUAAAUUAGAAAUUUCUAUAGCUCUAAAAUAUUAGCCUAAAUUUUUUUCUAAAACAUUUUAUCAAAUUAAUGAAAAAUAAUGACCUGUCUAAUUAACAAAGGCAGAAAAAUAUCAGCAUCAUCAUUGUUGCUAUGUCACUCCAGUACGCCUAGUGUUAUAAAACACUGUAAAAUUUUUUGUUUUGUAAAAUAAUACAGAUUAUGAAAGAAGGAAAGAAAAUCUUCCUUUUUUUUUUUAUCUUCGAAUGACUGUUAAAUGAAUCUGUUAAUGUGAUAUCUCAGUUUAUAUAUUUAUGUAUUAUAUAUAUAAUAUACAUACAUAUAUAUAUAUCAAUAAUAUACACACACACACACAUACACGUAUAUGCCUAUAUAUACAUAUUUAACUUCUGGCUCUACUUUCUUAAAGGGAAAUUUUUAAUUUCUGGAUUAAUUUGAAAAAAAAAAAUCUAAAUUCCUUGUUGCCUUUCUACCAAUUUCUCCACGUACAUAUAACAUCAAUUUUACUGAGUAACUGAAAUGAAGGGAAACAAACAUGCAUUUGUUUCAACAAACUUUCUUUAAUAGCAGAAUGCAAUUUGAAGAUUAAAGAAAUUAAUUAAAUUUUUCACUCUUCUUGAUGAUUUUUGCUGCUACCACCAAUAUUGAUUACAAUUACACUUAACCAAAUAUUUUCAGUUACUCCUGUGUUUGUCCUGAAUAUUCCUAACAUAGAUAAAAAGACUUGCAUGUCUUUAUUUAUGGAAUGAAUGAAGUACUUGGAAAGCAAUAUUGAUACGCAUAUUUUAAAUGUAGCUUUUGGGUUUAAUAUUUUGAAAUAUGCUAGUAUCUGCUUUCCACGUACUGAAAUGAAAUUGCACUGUUUGUUACUGGAGAUAUGAGUUUGGUAAAUCUAUCUACUGGUGGCAUAAUUUCCUGUCCAGAUAAUUCUACCAUGUAUCUUUCAUAUGAUUGGAUUGAUUAAUCCAAUAGAUAUUUUUUUCUUGAACACAGACCUAUAUAUAUCUAUAGGUUAAUCUUUGCACAAUUCUAUACAAGCAGCAUCUGUGAACAAUAAAUGUGGUUGGGUGAAUAAUAUGUAUUUUUUUAUGGUUAUCAACAUACCCACAAUAUAUAUAUAUAUGUAUGUAUAUAUAAUUAUGUGUAAUAUAUAUAUGCAACACAUGUUUACUAUAAACAAGUAUUAAUGAAAUCAUCAGGUUUUACUGACAAAUUAAUAUGGAUUUUAUUCAAACUUGCUUGAAUUUAAUAAAUUUGAAAUAUCUUAACUAUAACCUUGUCUCACUGAACUGCUCUCAUCAUUUUAAUAGUCACAAGCUUAGCCAUUAUAGCAUUGCUAUUGCCCACCACAAGCCAAUGCAUGUAUUCAAGUAGUCAUGUUCAAGAAACAUCGGCACUUUGUGGGGAGACAACUUUCUACUCAUGCUGUUGAUUUCUUACUCUCCUCUCCAUGUGUGAUAUGUUUAUAGUGAUGUAUAUUUUUUUACAAUAAAAUAUUGAUUAGAAAAGUUUAA